UUUUCACUAUCUGUUUGAGGUGAAACUUACUUUCAUACCCAGUGCAGUGGACAUUCAAAGCUGCUGUUUCUUGGCGUAUCCACACUGUUUUUAAUUUAGUAACGCAAUAAACAUGAUAGCCACUAAGAGAUGUGUACCUGCAGGGAUCCUUGUAGCACUCCUGUUUUCAUGUCUCCUGGAGAAUACCGUCGUUCAUUCCAGGUCAACCGGUGCUCCUGUUGAUGAAUAUAAUCAGAUAUGCGAGACUAUGACACCAGGACAUUAUGCAUCUGGGCAGACUUCGGAAAGUCCAUAUUCCAUAAUGCUACAAAAUGACUAUUAUACCCCCGGAGUCGAUAUGACUGUCGAAAUCAGCGGAAGUGCAAAUUUGAAAGGGCUCCUGCUCCAAAUGCGUAAUGCAGUUACAGAGGGAAUCGUUGGGUCAUGGUCUGUCAGUGACGCGGACAACUUCCAGACUGUAUCGUGUAACGGAAACAACAACAAAGCUGUUACUCAUAAGAAUGCAAACCCCAAGACCCUGCCCGUUAGUUUUACAUGGACUCCACCCGAUGUGGGCGGACAAAAUGUUUAUGCAGUUGCCACCUUUGUACAAGAUUUCCAAACAUAUUGGAUUAAAGUGACAUCUUCAGUUAUUUCAGAUUCUAUGGCCACUGGAGAAGGGGGCUCAAUGACCACCUCGAACGGAGAUUCAAUGACCACUUCGAACGGAGAUUCAAUGACCACCUCGACUGGAGAUUCAAUGACCACCUCGACUGGAGAUUCAAUGACCAACUCGACUGGAGAUUCCAUGACCAACUCGACUGAAGAUUCAAUGACCACCGAAGAAGGGAACUCAAUGACAACCAUGCCACCUGGAGAUUCGAUGACGACUGAAGGCGAAGGAUCAAUCCUUUCGUACAGCUCAAUACUCACAAUUUCGGCUUUAGGACUUGUCCUUGUAAUAAGCAAGUUGAUCAUCGCUUGAAACCUAUUGACAGAAUACUUCAUAUGGACAGGAUUAAUCUCUUGUAUAGUAAGACGUAGCAUAAGUUUCUAUUUGUUGUUGUUCUUUUUUUGUGUCACAACUUCUUUGUCAAAGUUUAACUUUAUUAUCCCGUUUCUAUUACAACAUUUCAUUUAUUACAGAGGGGAAGAAACGAAUAUUUGGGAAAGGGCGAUCCUGAAAAAAAUUAAGUUCAAUCCAUUAAAAUGAAGAGAGAAUUGAACUUUUUCUUGAAAUGGGAUCAGAUCAAACAAAUUAAUGAAAAAAACUAAAACAGACUUGUGAUGAACUUGAAAAACAUAAACUAAUAUAGUGCUUCAGAUUAAGAAUAAUUGUUUAUAUGCAAAAGAUAGAGAUUUAGUCUAUCAAGGAAGUAACAUAAACAAAGAUAUAUAAACGAGUUUAAAGAAUAAAAAAAAAUGUUCGUGUAUUAAGCUACAAUAGAAAAUAUGCCCACAAUUAAAGGUUUGUUAGCUAAAGAUCUGGAAAAAAAAUAUUUCCAUAUUUUUCCAUCAAGUAUCACUAAGCAGCCUUAAAUAGAAAUAGAAAAGUGGUAUCAAGCCAUAUCAACUUCUGAAAAUAUUGCUUUGGUAUCGAAUCCGUUUCUACUUGGCCUUUCAUAAUCUCAUGUUGAACACUUUUGUUCACUUUAAUUUUGAUUAUUUUUAAUCUCCCAUUAUCCAUAACAAACAAAUUUAUUUUACUUUAACUACUUAAUACUGUAAUAAGGAUCCUUUAUAAAGAUUUCACAAAUAUGAUUUGAAGAGGUGAACAUGUAGCACACAGAUAUUUUAGAGUUACAACCAUGUUGAACAUGUACGUGUAAACAUUUAAGCACAGCAAAAACUUUGCUAAUUUCUUUGUUAAACCGGGUAUUGUGAGCAGCCGAUUUAAAAAAUUCUCAAACCAAGAUGAAACAUGUGUACAAGUGCAUGUAUUAGAACUAAU